AUCUUCUUCAGAAAGUCGGGUUUCUGUCGUUACUGUUGUUACCUGUCAAAACUAUUCUUCUGAUCUGCCAGCGAAUCAAGUUCUCUUCCCUGUCUCACUGUUUCUGAUCACACGUUGUUUCUGUGCUCUGGAUCAUACUAGAACACCCUUUUGUGUGUGCUAUAAAUAAAUUGUUGACUUCUCAAACUAUCUACAUAUAUAUCCUCCGAUCCAAAAACAUCACCGGACUCUUGAGAAUGGCGGCGGCGGCGGAGAAACCGGUUAUGGUGGUUGCAGUUGACGACAGCGAACAUAGCUUCUAUGCUCUGGAAUGGACUUUAGAUCACUUCUUCACCGGCCCCGUGUCGCCUUUCAGGCUUGUCCUCGUCCACGCCAAGCCUUCUCCGGCUAGCGCCGUCGGCCUCGCCGGGCCCGGCGCUGCUGAUGUCUUGCCGUACGUGGAUUCGGACUUGAAGAAGAUUGCUGCGCGGGUAAUUGAACAGGCCAAGGAAAUCUGCGCCUCUAAAUCGGUUGAUGACCCCAUGGUCGAGAUCAUGGAAGGGGAUGCCAGGAAUGUCCUCUGUGAAACUGUGGAGAAAUACCAUGCCUCUAUCUUGGUUGUCGGCAGCCAUGGCUAUGGAGCUAUCAAGAGGGCUGUUCUGGGCAGUGUAAGCGACUACUGCGCUCAUCAUGCUCACUGCACUGUCAUGAUCGUGAAGAAGCCCAAGCACAAAACUUAAGCUGCAAACAUCAUCUGCCCAGAUGAGUCCAGAAUUUAUGUUCCAGACUACAUAAACCAUUGUCUGUCUGUCUAUCUAUGUGAAUUGCUUGGUGUAUGUAUCAACGUCAGAGAAUAAAGGCUUGCUUAGCUUUAAUAUACUUGAUAAAUAAUUGUUAGCUGAUUGGGUUAGUGAAUUAUACAUUAAUA